AAAGUUUAUGUCUAAGAACAACACCUUUCCAAAUGAUAUCCUUCUGCUCAAGCUGCGUUCAAAGGUUCGUCUGAGUAAAAACGUUCAACCCCUGCCAUUGCCAACAUCUAGCCGUGACCUCUCUGAGGGGACACCCUGCAGUGUGGCCGGCUGGAGCCCGUAUCAGGAUGGUUGCAAAUUUAUGCUCUAUGAGGCCAAUGCCAGCAUCUACGACCGAAGCAAGUGCCAGAAGUUCUAUCCCAAGAUCGAUUAUGGAAAGAUCUGCGCAGGCAAACGUGAAGACAUCUCUCAGUUAUUUAACCAGGUAAGACUCAGCAGAAACAGCAGGCGAUAAGACCAGAGGCAGGGGAGCAGGCGCACCUUCUCCUGUUAUUGGACGGGAUCUGCAACAUGGAAAAGG